AUGGAGGAUGAAAAUGGACAGGAAAGAUAUAGUGUGGCUCUUAAAUUACCUAAGACCAUGAAUGCACAGGCAGUAGAGUUAGUGGCCGUCACAUAUGUGGACCAGGCUGCAAAAGAUAUAAAAAGGUUGGAUGAAAAGGAGUUCGAGAAGAAAAAUGCAAAGGGUAUAAGGGAUGACAUUGAAGAGGAAGAUGACCAUGAAGCCUAUUUUCGGUACAUGGCUGAAAAUCCAAAUGCCGGUGUGAUUCAGGAGGAGGAGGAUGAUAUUGAAUAUGACAGUGAUGGUAAUCCUAUUCCUCCACAAAAAAAAGUCAUUGAUCCAUUGCCUCCUAUUGAUCAUUCUGAGAUCGAGUACCAGCCAUUUGAGAAGAAUUUCUACAUUGAACAUGAAGAUUUGGCGAAACUUUCACUCAUACCAUUAGCUGAACUCCGGCAGAAACUGAAUUUGAGAGUGUCUGGUGCUGACCCCCCAAAACCUUGCAGUAGUUUUGCUCACUUUGGCUUUGAUGAGCAGUUAAUGCACCAAAUACGGAAGUCAGAGUAUACACAGCCAACACCAAUACAGUGUCAGGGUGUCCCCAUUGCGCUGAGUGGCAGAGACAUGAUCGGAAUUGCCAAAACUGGGAGUGGUAAAACUGCAGCCUUUAUCUGGCCAAUGUUGAUUCACAUCAUGGACCAGAGGGAGCUGGAGCCUGGGGAUGGGCCUAUUGGUGUGAUUGUUUGUCCAACCAGAGAACUUUGUCAGCAGAUCCAUUCUGAAUGUCGCAAGUUUGGAAAAGCCUACAACCUGAGGUCAGUGGCUGUCUAUGGUGGAGGCAGCAUGUGGGAACAAGCAAAGGCUCUUCAAGAAGGGGCAGAGAUCGUCGUUUGCACACCGGGCCGAUUAAUAGACCAUGUGAAAAAGAAAGCUACCAAUCUCCAGAGAGUGACCUAUUUGGUGUUCGAUGAAGCUGACAGAAUGUUUGACAUGGGCUUUGAGUAUCAGGUCCGAUCAUUAGCAAAUCAUGUCCGUCCAGACAGACAGACUCUGUUGUUCAGUGCCACCUUCCGGAAGAAGAUUGAGAGGCUGGCUCGUGACAUUCUCGUUGACCCUAUUCGAGUUGUACAGGGAGACAUAGGAGAGGCCAACGAGGACAUUACUCAGAUCGUGGAGAUUCUUGCAGCUGGCCCUGACAAGUGGGACUGGCUCAUGAGGCGGCUGGUAGAGUUGACAUCUAGAGGCAGUGUUCUGAUUUUUGUGACCAAGAAAGCUAACAGCGAAGAGCUUGCUGCCAAUUUAAACCAGGAAGGAUACACUGUUGGGCUGUUACAUGGUGAUAUGGAUCAGAGCGAAAGAAACAAAGUCAUAUCCGACUUCAAAAAGAAGUCAAUUCCUGUUCUUGUGGCUACAGAUGUAGCAGCACUUUGCAAGUGGAACUACAAAAUGCGUACUGCAGUGUUGGGGCUUUUACUUACGCUUAAUCCAUGGUUUCGAAAGUCUCGUUACAAAGCUGGGAAAGGGAAGAGGAUGAAUAUUGGAGGAGGAGGAUUAGGCUACAGAGAGCGUCCAGGGCUGGGUUCAGAUACCUCAGACAGAACAUCAAGCAAUGUGCUGUCUAACUAUGAAGCAUACAAACCAUCUACAGGAGCAAUGGGAGAUAGAAUGUCAGCUAUGAAAGCAGCAUUUCAGUCACAAUACAAAUCACACUUUGUUGCAGCCACUGGUAGUGCUCCUAAGAUCACAGGUUCUGCUGCUGGCACUAGCAACUGGACAAGUGCUGGGAGCCUCAGUAUUAUCCCUACUUGUCCUCAGGGCAAUCCAAUCACCAACCAGCUGCCAGUUCCCAGCAGUAACAGUGGAAGUGGUGCUCGGAAUAAAGACAGCAACAGUCGUUCUGCUGAGAUCAAGAGCAAUCGUCUUGUUGAUGGCAGCUCUAGCCGUUUUGAAAGCAGCAGUCGUCAUAGCGACAACUUCAAUCGUCAUAGCGACAGUGGCAGCCGUCACAGUGAUAGCAGCAGUCGUCACAGUGAUUCCAGCAGCCGCCAUUCUGUCAGCAAAUACAACGAUCGUGGAGGUGACAGCAGGUACAGCGAACGGGGCAGUGAGAGGCAUGGUGAUCGAAACAGUGAACGGCAUGUGGACCGCAGUGACAGUCGGCACAGCGAUCGGCGUAGCGACAGUCGGCAUAGUGAUAGGCACGGUGAGAGUCGAAGUAGUGAUAGUCGGCAUAGCGAUUCUAGGAGUUCCAGCCAAAACCGGAGUGGUGGGGAGAGUGGGAGCAUGAAUGAGACCGGGAACAGCGGCGAGAACAGGAGCAGCAAUGAAAGCAGGAAUGGAGACAGCAGAAGUGGCAAUAGAAUCAGUUCUGCUGAGAAUGAUGGCUUUGCUGUGCCAGAACCACCUCCCAGAAAGAAAAAGAGCAGAUGGGACAAUUAAAUCCCAACAUUUGUGUAUCACACGUUCUCUUGCAGGCUUACAUUUUGAAUCUCUGUUAGAAACUUCAGUGCAUAGUUUCAUCCGCUUAACCAUCAAUACAAAAAGGGGACACUACAGGAUGGAUUUUUACUUAGAGUAGUAAACUAUGUAUCUUGUAUGUUAGUGUUGGUCUUUGAAACGGAAAGAACUUUUUCAUAUUGUCAGGUACUUUGACUAUAUUCUGUUUCACUUGUUUUGCCUUUGCUCUGUUCUUUUUGUGAAACAGUAAAGUCAUCUCAAAUGUUUAUGGAAUUGUCCUGAAUCCUGUCUACUUUUGGUUUCCACUGAUUUGCGUUGUGAAAUGCAACUUUGUUUGAGUUGACAUUGCUAUUCUGACAGGAGAAAGCUAUAAAAGAGAGAACUUUCUUAUUUUCUUUUCCCCAGGUUAGGGCCAGCAGACUCUGGUCGAAACCUGAUCACUAAGUUGCGCAUAUGUUUGAGAAUAUGGCUCUUUUAUGAAAUAAAAUUUUAAAAGGAUGUUCCAA